AUGGCUUUUGCGGCUGCCCUGACGGAGAAACGUGGACCAAGGGUGGGCGAUGCAGCAUCACUAUGGAACUUCACGCCUGCCCCAGGUUGGACCGGCGAGGAAGUCCAGAUCCUGCGGCUCUGCCUCAUGAAGCAUGGCGUGGGACAGUGGCUCCAGAUUUUGGGAACCGGACUGUUGCCAGGCAAACUGAUCCAACAGGUCAACGGCCAGACCCAACGCCUGCUGGGUCAACAAAGUCUGGCAGCGUUUACGGGACUGCGGGUCGACGUAGACCGGGUACGAGCUGACAAUGAGGCUCGUACGGACGCUACGAGAAAGGCGGGCCUCAUCAUCUACGAUGGGCCCACACUGACCAAGGAGAUGAAGGCAGAGCUGCGAGAAGAGGCGCAACGGAAGUACGGCCUGACUCCGGAGCAGCUUCAAAAGGUGGACGAGCAACUCGAGGAGUUGAUGCGAUUUGCGGCUACCACCGCCGCCACAGCUGCAGUCGGCAGCUCUGGUAUGGUGACCGGCGUUGCCGGCACGGUCGCUGCCUCUGUGGGCGGGUUGGGGCCUUUGAGAAGCGCACAGGCUCAUGCCCAAGCUGUAGCACGGCUUGACCCGGAACUUGGCCGCCUCCUAGCCGUCCCUAUGGAUGAGCUCUCCACCGAGCAGCUAGUCCAACUGCUCAAACGGCUUCGAAAUCGACUAGCUUGCCUCGUCGACCGCUGCAAUGACCGAGCCUCGUUGCCGCCGCGGUCGGGUCCACGCUGGAAGGGCGAAGGAGAGGCCGCCAUCCUCCUGGACGCAGCAGCAGCCGCGGCAGGAGCGACGGGGGUUGCAGGAGCAGUAGCAGUAGCAGGCGGGCCGGGCUGUAGUCGGGCGGCGCAGCAGGGGGAGGGCCUUGCGGCAUCCGUGGCGAGCAGGCAUCACUUGACAGAAGCCACUGCUUGUCGGGUGCGGAGUGGCACCGCGGCGGCGGCACCCCGCCCACCCGCAUCAGGAUCCGGGGCAACUCGCAAGCGCGGCAAGCCCAGCCGGACCCGCGGCAGCGGCCAGGGGGACGGCGGGGACUGGUCGGGCGGUGAGGAGAACGCGGGGCCAUUGGAAGGCGCCAAGCGCAGGGCAGAGAGUUCACGGCGGGGUACACGCGCCAAGCGCCCUGCCCGAUAUGACAAGUACGUCGACGACGCGGAGUACGAAGAGGUCGAUCCGGAUGCUGGUGUAGCAGAGACCGUGGUUGACCCGUCGGAGGCACUCAACACGUUGACGGCGAUGGGCUUCACGCCACGCAAGGCCCGCGGAGCGUUGCGGGAAUGUCACUUCAACGUAGAGGCGGCGGUGGAGUGGCUAUUUGCAAAUUGCGUUUAAAGUUGGCUCAAUGCUCGUCAUGAAUUCCUGGGCAUAACUAGCCUUAUUUGCACCAAUAGGCAAUUCACCGCAAAACUGCAGCACGGUUUCUAGCUUAUUGUGCAGGCAGGCUAUUUGGUGCUCUAGGGGCCCCGGGAGACGGAUAUAUUUCGUCCCUCUUUCUGAGUAGUAUUGAACGCCACGAAAUGCGAGUGUAACAAAGAGAAGUAAGAAGAAA